CGCCGUUUGGAUUUUACUUUGUCCAAAGUCUACUUUCACCGUGGCAUAGAACGAGGAGAUCUCACUAUGUCGGAAACGAAGAGCAAAUCCGCUGAAUGUCAAUGCUCAUCGGACGCUGGCGGUGUCCCAUGCUACAAUGGAUGGUGUGAUGUACAGAAUGCUGGCGGUAAGGUAGGAGCCUGCGCAUUGGCUCGAAUCGGUAAUCGUCAGCAAUUCGCUUGUGUACGAGUGAAGCCGACUAGCGAAGAUGCUUGUAAAGUUGAUCGACGUCAUGACGAAGUGGUGGUGAAAUGUUGGUGUCGAAGUCAAGACUAUUGCAAUACGGAUCUUUCCGAUCGUAUUGAAGAAGAUCAUGAAGCACCGCAAAAUCAAGUUGUUGCCGCUGAGAAAAUCGAAACCACAACAACGACAGUGAUUGAAGCGGAAAAGGAAGAUGUUAAAGAAGAUUUUGUUAUUGAGAAAAACUACGAUAUGAAGGAUGAGGAAUAUCUAACGAACUAUGACAGUGACAUACCAUCAGAUGAAGAUGACGAAGAUGACGGACCACCAGUACCUACACCUGCGCCUAAAUCAGAGGAAAAGACAAAAACUCCAACAUCUACAAUUCCACCAUGGCGACGAGAAUAUCCCGUAGAAUCCUCAACUCAUUCACGUCGGGUUCUUCCGCCACUUCCGCCACCGCCAUUCCCUCCACAACCGGAUGCGUAUCUUCAACGUCUCCAACAAGAAGCUGAAGAAAGAAAACGAAUACAAGAAGAAUAUGCGAGACGACGUGAACAGCUGCGACUUGAAUAUGAGAGGAGGCAAAUGGAGACCACCUCCUCCACUACCACCACCACCACUACCACAACCACUACCACUACAACCCCUUCAACGCCUGCCCCAUUACCGCAGAUAGUUUAUCCCGUACAAGCUGACACACCUCGAGAGCCUGAAUCUCGAAGCAGAGAAAUGGAAGAAGCUCGAGAAAGAGAGCGGCUAUUGCAUGAAGAACGUCUUCGCCAGGAACAACGAAUGAUUGUCGAACGAGCUCGUGCCCAAGCUGAGGCCAAAGCACGAGCUGAAGCACAGGCUCGAGCCGAGGCACGAGCUCGUGCUGAGGCCCAAGCUCAGGCGGAAGCUCGAGCCCGAGCUGAAGCCGCGGCUCGUGCCGCAGCUCGUGCCAAGCAAAUUAGACAUAAUGUGACACAGCCAAGAGCAUGGCUCAAGAAGCCAACGGGAGAUCGUCGACGUCUGGUCACCGAGGAUCGAAGAGCUCCACCUGUGUUUUCUGUUCGUCACUAUCGUCCCUACGAUCUUAACAGUGUGAUCUCUGCACGUGAAAACAGACGAAAUCUUACGACAACAACCGAAAAGGUUGUUCCCACUUCCGAUAGUGGUGAGGAAGCAGCAGAAAAACACGAAGAAACUUCUCGUAGUAGCACGACCAGCAGUACCACCGCCGCCACCACCACCACCGACACUACCACCUCCACCAGUACAUCGACAUCGACACCCUGCCGAAGUACUACUCGCCGGACCGUUGCCGCCGUUGAAACGACGUCGCCUUCGACUUCUCCUGCACUUUCAGCAGCUCCAACGUCGACGUCAACGUCAACUUCGCUAUCCACAACCACCGACUCUUCCACCGCCACCGUGGCGACGUCGACGUCUGCACAGGCGCCGACAACGCGCUUCCGGAAGCUCCUUCCAACAGGCGGUGACGGCCGCUCCGUAAUGUACCGUCAAAAGGUGCCGAAGAGUAAGCUAGACAUGUACCAUAGAAUGUCGUCAUCGAAUUCGUUCUCGAAAAUUCUUGCAUUUAUCGUUGUGCUGCUGUCGUGGUGCCUUCUCAGGUAGUAGGCACAGAUCUGUGUGCUUCCGUUGUGAUAAUGUAUAGCCUAGAAAAUUUGGCGGUUAAAAUAGUGGUUUUGCGUUGCUGACAACAUUUGCGCGUAAAAAUAGUUUUAAAUGCGCAACUAUAGCAAGUCACCCGCAUUUUUCAAGCAGCUCGCCGG